GGUUCACAGUCCUAGAAUCCAGCUGUUUUAGACGACAUUUUAGUAGCUCCCUUGUUUUGCGUCAUAGCCUUCUAGCAGAGAGUAUACGCCCAGUUAUAUAUGAGUGCUUGGUUUCCUGUAUGAAUACUUAAUGCAAACCACGUGGUGUGAAAGCAGACUGCAGCUUCUUUUGUUCAAAUCAAUCAAACCGGAGACGGGCAAAGAGCUGCUGAAUCAGGAAAUCACCGCCUCUGAUUGAAAAAUGCCACGUAAGAAGGUGACAGAUGUCUCAGGGAAUGGUGGGAUGAAAAAGAAGAGAGCCAGCGGCAAAAGGAAAGAGAGGGACUUCAGUAGUGACGAUGAGUUUGACUACGAACAGGAGAACAACAAGAAACCUGGCAAGCCUUCUGCCAAGACUGGUCUCCAGCCUGUUACUGUGGCAGACGACGUCAAAGAGAAAAUAAAACUUGAGUGUCCAAAAGUAAAAGGUCAGCUGCUCAUCUUUGGAGCAACCAACUGGGAUUUAAUUGGAAGAAAGGAGGUUCCCAAACAACAAGCUGCUUUCCGCAACUUGGGCCAAAAUCUUUGGGGUCCUCAUCGCUACGGCUGUCUGAAUGAUGUCCAGGUUAGCUGUGUGGUGUCUGGUCCCUGUGCUGCACACAGUCUCCUCAUGACCACUGAGGGCAAGCUGUGGAGCUGGGGUCGUAAUGACAAAGGGCAACUGGGCCACGGGGAUACCAAGCGUCUGGAGGCUCCCAAGUUGAUUGAGGCCCUAGCAGAUCAUGUGAUUGUUUCUGCAGCCUGUGGACGUAAUCACACCCUGGCACUCACAGAGGAUGGUGUUGCGUACUCUUUUGGUGAGAACAAGUUGGGCCAGCUCGGCCAGGGCAGCCAGACUGAUGCAGUCCUCAGCCCAGCACCUAUUUCAUACAAUGGCCAGCCCCUGGUAAAGGUGGCUUGUGGUGCUGAGUUCAGCAUGGUGGUGGACUGCAAAGGAAACCUGUACUCUGUCGGCUGCCCAGAGUAUGGACAGCUGGGUCACAACAGUGAUGGGAAAUUCAUAGCUCGUGCCCAACGCAUCGAGUUCGACUGUGAGCUCAUCCCUCGCCGUGUUGCCAUCUUCAUUGAGAAAUCCAAGGAUGGCCAGGUCAUGCCUGUGCCCAACGUGGUGGUCCGAGAUGUGGCCUGUGGUGCUAAUCACACGCUGGUGCUGGACUCUCAGAAGCGAGUGUUCAGCUGGGGUUUUGGUGGUUACGGGCGUCUGGGUCACACAGAGCAGAAGGACGAGAUGGUUCCUCGACUCGUCAAACUGUUUGAUUUUCCUGGACGUGGUGCUAGUCAGAUCUGUACAGGCUACCAGUGUUCCUUUGCUGUCAGUGAAAUGGGCGGGCUGUUUUUCUGGGGUGUGACAAACACUUCCAGAGAGUCAACCAUGUACCCCAAAGCUGUGCAAGAUCUGUGUGGCUGGAAGAUCCGCAGUCUGGCAUGUGGGAAGAGCAGCAUCGUUAUUGCUGCAGAUGAGAGUACAAUCAGCUGGGGACCCUCGCCAACAUUUGGAGAGCUGGGAUAUGGAGACAACAAACCCAAAUCCUCCACCAUUGCCCAGGAGGUUAAGACUUUGGAUGGCAUCUACAUUGAGCAGGUGGUGAUGGGCUACUCUCACUCUCUGGUUAUUGCUAGACAGGACACUGAGCAGGAACAAGAGAAACUGAAAAAGCUGCCUGAAUACAACCCCCGAACAAUCUGAUCGGGCCUCCAACGCCUCAACCAGCGAUGCUCAGCAGGAACACCUUUCCAUCUUGGUGGUGUACUAGUGGGAUGGUUGAGUUCAGGGGGAGGCACUCACAAUUCCGAAGGAUAUCCACACAUCUCAACUACCAGCAAACUGGCUCUACACCAAUUUGGACACUCAAAUCAGAGAAAAUGGGACUGGAGAUGGACAGAUCCUUUGGAUGGUCCAACUCUCACAAUGAACAGUCAAGAUAUCCUCACUUCCCACCUCGAGUGAACCUGCAACAGUUUGCUCCGAGCACUUCACACCUAAACAGAGUAGUGCUUCCCAAAAACCCUUUUCUAUUUUGUAAUACAGCCAAACAUUCAUGUCUUCAUGUAUCUUGUGUUUUCUUUGUUGCAGUAUUUGAAAUGAUUGUCACAUUUACGGGUGCUACAGCAGGAACCUCAGUCUUUUCCAACUGAGGAGUUUUCAAAGACCAAUACUCCAUACCUGUGCCUUUUUCUACAUGUAUGUUCAGGAUAUGGAAGUCUUGUUUGUAUUGUUCAGAGGAUCAACUGAUGACUUAGCAUAUAAUGGCACUAUGAGCAGAUGUGUCCAACUACCACAGAUUGUAACCAGGAUUUGGAACAUGCUCUGAGUUAGUGCACUCCACUCAACGUUACAUUCCUUUUGUUGUCGUCAGUGUUUGGAUCAAGGAUGCACACCUCAGUCCUUCAAGACCAGUGUCUGCUAGCUCGUCUUUACUAAUUUGAGUAACAGUAACUUCCAACACUCAAAGAAGUUUCACAAGCAGGUCAGAACUUUUAGAACCAACAAUGCAAUGUGUGGAAAUUGUUCAGUGUCUCAAGGUGUGCUGGAAAAGAAGGCAUGUCCCUUUUUUAAAGAGGUGUUUUCUUCUAAUUGUACUGCAUUCUUUUUUUAUGGUGAAAUUUCUCUGGGUUACAUGUUUUUUUCAUUGAAAUGGUUAAAUAAAGAUUCAAAUGAG